AUGCUCAUACCCAUCCUACCUCCUACCUGCCCCUCCUACCUCCUCCCUGCCCCUCCUACCUCCUCCUCCCUGCCCCUCCUAUCUCCUCCUCCCUGCCCCUCCUACCUCCUCCUCCCUGCCCGUCCCCUCCUGCCUGUCCAUCAGGUGCGAGUGUGUCCCAAGCGCCGCCAGACCCUUCUCUUCUCGGCCACCAUGAGUGGGGAGGUGCAGCAGCUGGCCAGCCUGUCACUCAACCUGCCCGUGCGGCUGUCUGCUGAUGCUUCCAUGCAGCGACCGCGCACACUGGAAGAAGAGACUAAACUUCUCUGUUCCUCCCCUUGCCAUGCCUUCGUCAUGCACCCCCACCCCACUCCUUCCUCCCCCACUCCUUCCUCCCCCACCCCUUCCUCCCCCUCUCCAGACCAGAGUGGUUCGGGUGCGAUCGUCUCAAGAGGCAGACAGAGAGGUCAUGCUGCUCGCUGCGUGCUCUGGCUGCUCAAAACAAAACCCAUGCUUCCUACUCACUCCUCCCCCUGCUCUAAGUCGACUCAAAAGUCACCUCGACUCAAAAGUCGACUCUUGAGUCGACUCAAAAGUCUGCUCAAAACAAAAUCCAUGCUUCCUACUCACUCCUCCCCCUGCCAUCCCCCCAUCCUCCCCCACUCCCUCUUCCCUCUCUCCCUCCUCCUUCUCUCCCUCCUCCCCCUCUUCCUCCUUCCUCAUUCCCUCCUGCCUCCCCUUUUCCAGAGUGAUUCGGGCUCGGAAGGAGGGACGGAAGGUGGUUCGGAAGGAAGAGGGGCAGGAGAUUCAAGAAGAGGGGAGAAGCGGAGUAAAGCACAGGGGGGAGGUGGAGUAAUUGUCUUCAGUGGCCGCAAGGUAGAGGCGCAUCGGCUGAAGAUUAUAUUUGGUCUGCUUGGAUGGCGGGCGGCAGAGCUACACGGGAAUCUCACCCAGGCCAUGAGACUGGAUGCUUUGGAGCGAUUCAGAACGCACGAUGUGGACUUUCUGAUCGCCACUGACGUCGCUGCCAGGGGUUUGGACAUUGCUGGGGUGCAAACGGUUGUCAACUACCACACGCCCCGUGAAAUCACCAACUACGUGCAUCGAGUGGGGCGGACAGCGCGGGCGGGGAAGAUCGGAUCGUCUGUGACGUUUGUGGGGGAGAAGGACAGGAGGCUGCUGAAGGCGAUGACCAGGCGGGCAGGCAGGAAACUGAAGCAGCGGCAGAUAGCCCAAGCGGCGGUGGAGAGGUGGCGGCAGCGGGUGGAGGGCAUGGAGAGGGAUGUAGCAGCCGUUAUGAAGCAGGAGACGGAGGAGCGGGUGCUGAGAAAGGCAGAGAUGGAAGCAGUCAAGGCUGAGAACAUGCUGACUCACCGCGACGAGAUAUUUGCCAAGCCCAAGCGCACGUGGUUCCAGAGCAAGAGGGAGAAGGAGGCAGUCGCAGAGGCGGCUAAGGCUGUGGCUGACGCUGAGGAGGAGGGUGGGGAGGGCGCCAGUGGGAAGGGCGGAGGAAAGGGAGGAGGGAAGGUGCUUUCGUUAGAGGAGGUGCAGGAGAAGAGGAGGAAGGAGAAGAUGAAGAAGCAGCGAGAGAAAUCACUGCCUAGGAAGAAGCGGCGAAAGCUAGAGGCAGAGAGGCAGGCACAAGAGGAGGAGGCAGAAGCACAGGAAUUUGGGCUGGAUGAUGAGAAACCCAAGGCGGGAAAGACGAGAGCCGAUCUUGCUUACCGCAAAGCCAAGGCAAUCAAAUCCGCCGAGCGGCUCCGGGCAGCUGGAAAGAUUGUCAGCCUGCCCAAGGCGGGCGGCCGGGCAGCUGGGAAGAAACCGAAGCAGAAAACGCAGUCCCGGUCUCGAGAAAUGAAGGAUUUGUUUCAAACGGAUAUGGCCAAGGGCAAGGGAGGAGGGGCAGGUGGGGCAGGAGGGGAGGUGAGGGGGAAAGGGAAGGCUGGAGGAACUUUCAAGAGCAAGAAGCGGUGA